AUGCAGCAGAUUGAUCAGAUUUUGGAGACGUUUUCCACUCUGAAUGGAUUGCUGCUGAGUGUCUGUAUUCCAACGGUCGUGUUGUUCUCGCCAUCGGACUCCGCCGUAGCGAGGGCCCGGAAUUGGAACGGCAGCUAUGAUCGAUACCGGUUCUAUAGCCUGUCUGCUAUGUUUUGCAUCACCACUGCGUCGGUGAGCACGAGUCUGAUGUACUUGUUCACUCGGGCAACGGACUUCGAGGGCGCAGCUGGCGUGAGCCGAGCUUACAUAUCUUGGUGGCGGUACACUCGCUGGAGCUUCUUGUUUCUGAUCCUGGGAACCCUCGUAGGCAGCGCAUGUCUUAGUCUGGCUAUCCAGUAUGCAUUCGUCCUUCAACAUGCCAACGGUCAAGCAGAAGCAGACCUGUUAAGUCGUUUCAUGGGCAAUUGGAGCUUCUACGGUUUGCUGGGCAUGGGCUGUGUUUUCCCUCUGGCUGUAGUCUCCCUGGCAACUUUGACGAAGCAGACGGCUAUACAUGCAGUGGGACGCAUUACCUCAACGAGCCAUCGCCAGUUUCGACCUGCCCCCAAGAGUUGGAAGACACGCCUUCUGCACAACUGCCCCGUCAUGAACAUUUUUUAUGACGUGCUGUUCGUUCAAGUGCCGUCUUCAGGCAAAAUCAACAGUGUCAUGGCCAUGUUGAUCACGCUCAACAGCCUGCUGUUGGCAGUCGUCAUUCCCAUGUUGCAACUCUUCGACGAUGAGAAAGCAGCCAACGCCCGGCUGCUCAAUUGGGACGGUGAGUAUGACGAGUUCAAGAGGCAGGUGACCCGUGGCUACGUGUGCAUCGCCUCAGCCAUGUUUCACGUCGUGUGUAUGCACCUUGCAGCUGUCUCAGGGACCUUCGAGUCUAACACUGCUGGCGUGGGCUCCGCGGUGGCUGCGUGGUGGAAGGUUGCGCGCUGGAAUCUUGUUGUUACCGGCUCUUGCACCUGCGCGGGCAGUAUGUUCUUGUACCGAGCCGCCCACUUAGCAUUCAAGUUGCAGCACAUGACGACAGCCCAAGAAGGACAAGAGAUUGGCAGGUAUCAGGACAAUAGCCUCUUUGUGGUUGUCCUUGGUUUGGGCGUUGCCUUUCCUUUGCUUGUGCUAUCCUUGGCGCACAGCCGGCGUCAUCGGGCUAUGAACCACAAUGCGCCUGCAAAGGAAGAGAGGCAGGUGCUCCAUCGUGCCCACUACCUUCCAGUGCUCAACAUCUUCUAUGACUUCUUCGCCAGUCUUCCAGAGACCGGACAGCUCUUGCAGGUCCUCGAGGUCAAUGGGACGAUGAUAGCUUUGAUGUUAGGCAUGGGUUCAGAGGUCUUGCACUUGCUACAUUUCGAGGAGGCGGAAGUAUCCCGGAACCGGGACUGGGACGGUGGCUACGUCGAGUUUAGUGAGAUGAGCCAUGACGGUUUUUCCCUUCUGUUUGCCUCCCUGGUGAUGUUCGUGCUGACCUACCUCUACGCUGCGAUGGCCGACUUCACAGACUCCAGAGGAGACCGGAACCAGAGCGCCUUUCGAGUCUGGUGGUCGUGGAGCCGAUUCUGUGUCUUUGCGGUCAUGCUCUACGAGCACUACGGUAUCUUCCGCCUGUAUCAGGCGCAGCCUCGCUUGUACUACCUGCAGCACGAGACCUCCGACGAAGCGGCCUGGAAGCUCUGGAAGUUGCAGGAGGCCUUGUGCUACGUGGCCAUAGGUUUUGGCGAAUGCUUCCCGGUCGUUGUGCUGAGCUUGGCAUUGUUCCGCAAGCAGCAGGUGUUGCAGCGUAGCGACAGCCUGAGCAACGCGAGCUCGCAGGAGACAGCGCGCUGGAUGUGGGCAUACUCCAUUCCGGUCUUCAACUUGGUGUAUGAUGUCUUGUUGGACCAUACGCCGGAGUGGGACCAGAUUGUGGCGAUGAUGAAGACCUUCCUUUUCCUGGCUGGCUUGCUGAUGCAGAUGGCGCUCAAAGUCUUGCUGCUGUUCCCAUACGAUGAGGCCGCCAUCGUGCAGCAGAGGAGCUGGCUUGGAACUUAUGAAAGCUAUGAGUUCUGGAGCCAUUCGGCCUGGCUCCUGGGCACAUGCGGCCUCGCCACCUUCUUCUACGUGGCGCAGUUUGCGGCCAUGACCUCCUUCAAAAGGGAUCCGGAAGACACCGAGAUCAAUCGGAGCGCGCUUUCCGGUUGGUGGUAUUGGGCUCGCUGGUGCAUUGUGCUGUUGUUGCUGGAUGCAUUGGGCGCAGGGCUGGCGAUAAUCAAAUCAGCCCAGGAGGCUUAUGUUCUACAGCAUUCCCGCACAAGAGAAGAGGCAGAAGAGUUGGCAGCUGCUUUCCUCCCUGUGACUUUGACAGUGCUCCCCCUUGGGAUAGUGCUUCCGAUCGUCAUACUGUCCGUGUCACUCAUGCGCACGCAGAGCUACUCCAACCCUCCUGUGGGUGCCAGUGACCACAACGAGAGCGAUGUCACCAAAGUCAGUACUAGGCUGUACAGGGUCGCAGGUAUAAACGUCCUGUAUGACCUCUUCUUCGACAAGCCUCCAGCGGUGAACCAAAUCGCUGAGAUGCUCUACAUCUUUGGGGUGCUCAAUGCUUUCUUGCUUUCCAUCCUUCUACCUCUCUUGAUUAAGUUUGGAGAGCCAGAUGACGUGGAUUUGGCAAGGAGUCGCAACUGGGUCGGAAACUAUGACAGCCACCGGAACUACAGCUCUCUGGGCCUCGCCUGUACCAUGUCUGCUGUGUGGCAGAUCCUACUGACGUAUGUCAGCACCCAAGCUUCAUCCCGCCUCGAGGGUGCGGAGGUGAAGAAAUGGUGGUCCCUCGUGAGAUGGCUGGUUAUCAGCAUUGGUGUGUUUUCAUGGUUGGGCCUGGUUCUGCUGGUCUUGGCCAGCCUGCAGUGCUACAUCAUGCAGCACGCGGCCGCCGCGCAGGAAGCGGCGCAGCUGCAGUCGCAAGCGACGAUGUUCUGCCUGAUGCUCUUUGGCCCUGCGGCUUUCUUGCCGCUCCUGCUUCUUUCCUUAGGGGUUCGGAGUCGGCAAAGGGAGCAUGACAAUGCAGAGCAGCCACGGGCAUCGAAGAAUCGUCAGAGGAAGGGUGAGGAAGACGACCUCUGUGAUGCUAUGUCGGACCUGAACAAGUGCUCGAAUGAUCUUGGUGUGGAGACGUUCUCAACCCAUGAUGCUGCUGAGACGAUGGUGUCUUCCUUCUUCGCGGCGCCCGGCCUAGAGACUCAGAUGAGCCUGUAUGAGCGGGACGUGAAUGAGCCGAUGUGCCGGGUGAUAUUUAAAGAGCCAGGUGUGGACCUGCCAAGCCACGAGGUCCUUGCAAAACCCUGGAUGGGUGUGCAAGGAGUGGCCGUCGCUGUGUCUACGCAGGCGCCGAUUUCUGAGAUGCAGCUGCAGAUGUAUGCGGAGAACAUCUGUGAACCCAUGUCCUUGGAGAAUUUCUAG